AUGGACUCCUUUGGCGGCACCAUAGGGGAGGACAUUAACUCUUCCACCUCGAGUACAUGUGAAUCCCAUCAUAAGAGAAAAACACUUGUGGCUCCAGAUAUUAACAUCUCCCUGGAUCAGAGUGAAGGCUCUCUGCAUUCUGAUGACUUCCUGGAUGCACCUGAUGACUUGGACAUCAAUAUAGAUGAUAUAGAGACCCCAGAUGAAAGUGAUUCAUUGGAGUAUUUGGCCAAUGGAAAUGACUUGGAAUGGGAAGAUGACACGCCUGUUGCAAGUGCCAAGAAAAUACCCGGGUAUGGCGCUGACCUGUUUGAUGAAGAAGUUGAAGGGGGGGAGGCUACAAAUGGACGCUUGUGGAGAACAGUUAUUAUUGGAGAGCAGGAGCAUCGUAUUGACCUACAAAUGAUAAAACCAUAUAUGAAAGUGGUCACACAUGGAGGAUACUAUGGUGAGGGGCUAAAUGCCAUCAUUGUAUUUGCCGCUUGUUUUCUCCCAGACAGUGGCUGCCCUGAUUACCAUUAUAUCAUGGAGAAUCUAUUUCUUUAUGUCAUUAGUAGCCUGGAGUUGCUGGUGGCAGAGGAUUACAUGAUUAUUUACCUAAAUGGUGCCACACCUCGAAGAAGAAUGCCAGGGUUAGGAUGGCUGAAGAAAUGCUACCAGAUGAUUGAUAGGAGACUGAGAAAAAAUUUGAAAUCUUUAAUUAUCGUCCACCCAUCCUGGUUUAUAAGGACAGUGUUGGCAAUCUCCAGACCAUUUAUAAGUGUGAAAUUUAUCAACAAGAUACAGUAUGUGCAUAGCCUAGAAGAACUGGAGCAAAUUAUCCCUAUGGAAAAUGUACAUAUUCCUGAAUGCGUAUUUCAGUAUGAUGAAGAAAGAAUCAAAGCAAAGAGAGAAAGUGUUCGUGUUGAAAAAGAGUCAGGAGAAGCAGAAAACUUCCCAAUGUACCAUGCGACUGCUACCAAGGCAGAAGAAAGGGAAGAAAAUGUUGAAACAACAAGCUUUCCACAAUCUGAUGAUUUCGUUUGUAAAUGA